AUGGCCCCGUUCUGCCACUGUAUCCCACAUCUCAAGUCCCCCUGCUCACCCCUCUCCCCCUUCUCUCCUCCUUCCAGGCUCCGACUACUCCCCCCCACCGCUGCCGGAGGCGGCGCCCAUUCUGAACGAUACCAGCGUUGCAGAUGGAGGAGGUGGCGUGGGUGGAAGUGGAGGUGGGCGCGGGCCCCUGGAGGCCGUGGUCGGAGGGCGGUGGUGGGGCUAGCAGCAGAGCACAUCCCCAGCCCCCGGGCGGCCCUCACCUGGCAGGCGGCCAUCGAGGCGGCGCGGCAGGCCAAGCAAAUGGGGAACGCGGGCGCGCCCAUCUCCACAGCCAGCUCCACACAGAGGAAGAGGCAGCACUACACCAACAAGCCCAAGAAACCCAUCAACACGGCCCCAACCAGACCUCCCAGAGCCCUGCUCUGCCUCACCCUCAAGAACCCCAUCCGCAGAGCCUGCAUCAGCAUCGUGGAGUGGAAACCGUUUGAAAUUAUCAUUUUGAUGACUAUAUUUGCGAACUGCGUGGCCUUAGCUGUCUACAUCCCCUUCCCAGAGGACGACUCCAACGCCACCAACUCAAACCUGGAGCGGGUAGAGUAUCUCUUCCUCAUCGUCUUCACAGUAGAAGCCUUUCUGAAGGUAAUAGCCUACGGCCUGCUCUUCCAUCCGAACGCAUACCUGAGGAACGGAUGGAACUUAUUGGAUUUCAUCAUCGUGGUCGUGGGGCUCUUCAGUGCAAUAUUAGAGCAGGCCACCAAAGUGGAUGGAGGGACGCCCAUAGGAGGGAAGGCAGCGGGCUUCGAUGUGAAGGCACUACGGGCGUUCAGGGUGCUCAGGCCACUCAGACUGGUGUCUGGGGUGCCCAGCCUUCAGGUUGUGCUGAACUCCAUCAUCAAGGCCAUGGUUCCUCUCCUCCACAUCGCCCUGCUGGUCCUGUUCGUCAUCAUCAUCUACGCCAUCAUCGGCCUGGAGCUGUUCAUGGGCAAGAUGCACCGCACCUGCUUCUAUAACAGAGAGGGACAUCCCUUCUACAGAGGUCCCAUAGUGGAGGAGAAGCCGGCCCCCUGCGCUCCUAACGGGGCUCAUGGCCGCCACUGCUCCCAGAACGCCACGCAAUGCAUGAUGGGCUGGGAGGGGCCAAACGAUGGCAUCACUAACUUCGACAACUUUGCGUUUGCCAUGUUGACGGUGUUCCAGUGUAUCACCAUGGAGGGCUGGACAGACGUCCUCUACUGGAUGCAGGAUGCUAUGGGCUAUGAACUUCCCUGGGCCUAUUUUGUCAGUCUCGUCAUCUUUGGAUCCUUUUUCGUUCUAAAUCUGGUUCUGGGGGUGUUGAGCGGGAGAAGUAAUAACCAGCCUGUGAAACAGAAGGGUAACAGUAAUAACCAGCCUGUGAUGAGGGAUAUGUCAACAGUCCUUCAUCCUGAUUCAUUCUCCUUCCUUCUUUCCCUCUACCUGUCCAUGUGUUCCCCAGUGAGCAUGCCGGCCAGUGAGAAUGAGUCAGUGAACACUGACGCCACUCCAGCAGGAGAUAUGGAGGGAGAGACCUGCUGUACCCGGCUAGCAAAUAGAAUCUCCAAAUCCAAGUUCAGUCGGUACUCGCGGCGGUGGAACCGUCUGUGUCGUCGUAAGUGUCGAGCGGGGGUCAAAUCCAGCGUGUUCUAUUGGCUGGUGAUCUUCCUGGUCUUCCUCAACACUCUAACCAUCGCUUCAGAGCACCAUAAACAAGCUGACUGGCUCACAGAGGCCCAAGACAUAGCCAACAAGGUCCUGCUGGCAUUGUUUACAGGGGAGAUGCUGUUAAAGAUGUACAGCCUGGGUCUACAGGCCUACUUCGUGUCUCUGUUCAACCGCUUUGACAGCUUCGUGGUGUGUGGAGGCAUCCUGGAGACCAUUCUGGUGGAGACCAAGAUCAUGUCCCCGCUAGGCAUCUCUGUGCUCCGCUGCGUACGCCUUCUACGCAUCUUCAAAAUCACAAGGUAUUGGAACUCUCUGAGUAACCUGGUGGCAUCGCUGCUUAACUCUGUUCGCUCCAUCGCCUCCCUGUUACUGCUACUCUUCCUCUUCAUCAUCAUCUUCAGCCUGCUCGGCAUGCAGCUCUUCGGAGGCAAGUUCAACUUCGACGAGACGCGCCGGUCAACCUUCGACAACUUCCCCCAGUCGCUGCUCACCGUCUUUCAGAUCCUGACAGGUGAGGACUGGAACUCAGUGAUGUAUGACGGCAUCAUGGCCUACGGAGGGGCGUCCUUCCCAGGGAUGCUGGUCUGUAUCUACUUCAUCAUCCUGUUCAUCUGUGGAAACUAUAUCCUCCUGAAUGUCUUCUUGGCCAUCGCCGUGGACAACCUGGCUGAUGCUGAGAGUCUGACGUCAGCACAGAAGGAGGAGGAGGAGGAGAAGGAGAGGAAGAAGCUGGCCAGAACGGCCAGUCCGGAGAAGCGCCAUGUCAACGAAAAGCCCCCGAUGAUCGAGGUAGAAGAGAAGAAGGAGGAGAAGAUUGAGCUGAAGUCCAUCACCUCAGACGGAGAGACAACCAAUGCCACCAAGAUUAACAUUGAUGAGUACCAGGUAGAUGUGAAUGAAGAGAAGAACCCGUAUCCAGCUAAUGAUUUUCCCGGUACCACUGUACCGGUGAUAAAAAGAGAGGAUGAGGACCCUGAGAUGCCUGUGGGCCCCCGGCCUCGGCCCCUGUCUGACAUUCAGCUGAAGGAGAAGGCUAUUCCCAUGCCUGAGGCCCGGGCUUUCUUCAUCUUCAGCAACACCAACAAGUUCAGGGUUCUGUGCCAUAAGAUGGUGAACCACAACAUCUUCACCAACCUCAUCCUGUUCUUCAUUCUACUGAGCAGUAUCUCUCUGGCAGCAGAGGACCCUGUCCGGAACGACUCCUUCAGGAACCAGAUAUUAGGCUAUGCAGACCACGUCUUCACUGGGCUCUUCACCAUGGAGAUCAUUCUGAAGAUGACAGCGUACGGGGCGUUCAUCCACAAGGGUUCGUUCUGUCGGAACUACUUCAACAUCCUGGAUCUGGUUGUGGUCAGCGUGUCGCUCAUCUCCUCUGGAAUACAGUCCAGUGCCAUCAACGUGGUGAAGAUCCUUCGUGUUCUCAGAGUGCUUCGGCCCCUGAGGGCUAUCAACAGGGCCAAGGGCCUCAAACAUGUGGUCCAGUGUGUGUUCGUGGCCAUCCGAACCAUCGGAAACAUCGUGAUCGUCACCUCUCUGCUGCAGUUCAUGUUCGCCUGCAUCGGAGUACAACUCUUCAAGGGGAAGUUUUUCUACUGCUCAGACAGCUCCAAGUCUACAGAGCCUGAAUGCAGGGGUUCGUACAUCAUGUAUAAGGACGGGGAUGUGGGGAAGCCAGAGAGGUCCAUGCGUGUCUGGGAGAACAGUGACUUCAACUUUGACGACGUGCUCCAAGGGAUGAUGGCUCUGUUCGCUGUCUCCACCUUCGAAGGAUGGCCAGCACUCCUGUACCGGGCCAUAGACUCCCAUUCAGAGGACCUAGGCCCUGUCUACAACUACAGAGUGGUCGUAUCCAUCUUCUUCAUCAUCUACAUCAUCAUCAUUGCCUUCUUCAUGAUGAACAUCUUCGUCGGUUUCGUCAUUGUCACCUUUCAGGAGCAGGGAGAGCAGGAGUACAAGAACUGUGAACUGGACAAGAACCAGCGUCAGUGUGUGGAAUAUGCCCUGAAGGCCCGUCCCCUACGUCGGUACAUCCCUAAGAACCAGUACCAGUACAAGGUGUGGUACGUGGUCAACUCCACCUACUUUGAGUACCUGAUGUUUACCCUCAUCCUGCUGAACACCAUCUGCCUGGCCAUGCAGCAUCACGGCCAGACCCACUCCUUCAACGAUGCGAUGAACAUCCUCAACAUGCUCUUCACCGGCCUUUUCACUGUGGAGAUGAUCCUUAAACUCAUCGCCUUCAAACCACGGGUAUGUCUCCACCUCGAGGGAUGGGGAGACAGGAGACCCUGGCACUCUCCCAGACGAGCCUUCCUCUGUCCCACAGCUCUCGGUCGGCGGUCGUCCUUCCAUCUGGAGUGUCUGAGGAGACAGACGAGAGCAGAUGUCUCCCAGAAGACAGUACUACCGCUGCACCUGGUACACCAUCAGGCACUAGCAGUAGCAGGUCUGAGCCCCCUGCUUCGACGGAGCCACUCCCCGACCCUCUUCACGCAGCUCUGCUCUACGUCUCCUACCAGUCCCACAGGCCGGGGUAGCCAGGCCUCCUACCAGCGUGUGCCCACCCUUCGUCUCCAGGGUACGCGCCCUGGCACCGGCUCCUACGAGCUCAACUCCAGCCUCCCCUCGGUCAACUGUGGGCCGUGGUACAGCGACAGCAACGGGAACAGUCCCGGUAUCAGCCCUAGGGUGGGUACGGCUAACCAGCGGCCGCCGCGGCCCGUCUCCCUCACUGUGCCUAGCACAAUGCACAAGGACGCUACAUCGUUGUCCCACGGCAGCGCCGGCAGUCUGGUGGAAGCUGUGUUGAUAUCAGAGGGCCUGGGCCAUUUCGCUCAGGACCCGUCCUUCGUCGAGGUGACCAAGCAGGAGCUGGCGGAUGCGUGCGAUAUGACCAUCGAGGAGAUGGAGAACGCAGCCGACAACAUCCUCAAUGGCAACAGCCAGCCCAGUCCCAACGGCAACCUUUUACCCUACAUGCACUGCAACAGGGACCAUGCUGCUUCCCAGGAGCCAGGCCUCAGCGAUGGGCCUGGGGCCGUUUGGGGGGCCACGGCCCCUGGGGAGAUUGAGGAGCUACUAGGGGCCACUCACCUAGGGCAGCACGGGGAUCCGGAGGAUGAGGAGGGGUUGGAGGUGGUGGGAGGGGAGGAAGAGCACACCGUGGGUGUGGAGGUGGUGGUUGAGGUUGGGCAGAGGAACAGCGGCCUGUUGGAGGAUGAGGACAUGGAGUGUGUGACCAGUUUGUAGGGUUGGACCCUCACACACACAGCAGCAACAGUGAACCUCUG